AACAAUAAAAAAAUACAAAAAAUAAUCGGCAAAAUAUUUGACAAAAUUGGACAAAAUAAUUAAAAGUUUUGUGUAAUUUAAUUUACUAGCAACAGCUGCGUUUUAAGAAUAAAAACCGUUCUCCUUCGUCUUAUUUCUCAACGUGUUGCGUUUUGGUGAACGGAUAUCUGAAUAUCUACGGGAAAUAAUUUUUAGAUUUUUUGGUAUACGAAUAAAAUGCAGGCAAUGAAUGAAUUGGAAUUGUUUUAGAGAACGCAUUUGAAUUGCUGUUGUCUAUGCCACUGACCGUAGUUCAAGUUUUUGUGUUCUCCUGAUUGAUUGCUCUAUGUGCUGUUGAUUGGGUUUCGUCUGUCUCUCUGUCCAUCAUACUUAGUUUCUUUCGUUGCUAUGAAUGCUGUCACUGUUUAUGUAAAUGCGGCCAAGCUAGUUCUACAGUCCACAGAAUCUACGAACAUUUCCUCCAACAAUGAGUUGCCCCGUCAAUUACUGAGUCUUCGCCAGUUACUCUCUUGCGUGGUCUGCUGCCGUCUAGCCAAUGAUCCCUAUUCGCCCAACCAUGGUCAUUGUAAUCACACUGUGUGUCGUCUAUGCGUGCGUGGACAAAAGAACCUGCAUCCGAGCUGUGCUCACUGCAGGGAUAAUCGUGACUUUAAAACAUACGAUGAGAAUAAGCAGUUGCGUUGCCUGUUGGUGUGUUACAAAAGCUUAUGCGAACAUUUACGCAGCAGCUCAGUAUUCCCGCUGCUGGCAGGCAGAAAAUUGUUGCAGUACAACGUAAUGACACCUGUGUUAAGUAUGCCCCAAAUGUCACUGCAAGAUUUGAUUGUAGAAGGUGCCAGCUAUGAUGACAUAUUAUCUACUUUCACAAAGGAUUUGCCAAAACCACCAGCCUGUGUUUAUACGCCUCCUCCCAAACAGCAGCCACAACAGCCUCAAAUGCCGGCUUUGGUCGUGCCCCUAUCAACAACGGCUGCUACUCCUUUGGCACCUCUUACACAAAACAUAAAAAGUUCUGGCAUAAGUCAAGCAGCGCCCAAAGCUGCAACACCUCCAACAUCAGCGAGUGGACCAAUUUCCAGUCUACCUUUAACACAUGUACCCAAGGUUAAAGUGGAAACAUCUACACCGGCAUUUAAGUCCCUUUCUCAAACUGUAGCUCCUCCCUCGGUGACAAAUGCAGUCCCGGUAUCGCAGCAAAGUACCACAACCUACAGUCAUCCCCAUUUGAUUCAGCUAAAUCAGCUCAAAAAUGCUGGCAAUAUAACAUAUAUUGGACCAAACACAAGGGGAAUUGUGGUGCCCAUAGUUUCGUCGUCAGGGACAACGGCGGUGCCUUUAUCCAUAGCUUCCGCUAGGUUACUGAACCGGCAACUUGCUCAAGCCAGGGAACCCACGUCAGUCUCCUCAUCAUCCAUUGAACCGCGACCUCAACUGACGACUUUUAAAGUUUCCCUGGCUCCGACACAGCCCACAAAAACAGUUUCCACCUCACUGAACUCAACCGCUUUUAACUCCUCAACAUCGUUAGCUAAUUCUGUUUCAACAGCCACCGUAACAUCACAAAUGCGAAAUCCUCCUCCAAUCAAAACGGUUUCAAAUGGCUCUGCCAUGUAUUCUGUAUUAUAUACAGGCAUUGGUAAUAAGAUAACAAUCAAAAGGAAAACUGAUGGUGAUGAGGAUGCCACACAAAAGAGAACUACCGCGACUUUAGCUCCUAACACAGCUACUCUGUUGCGGCCAUUGGCCAAAAAUAAUAACAAAAAACGUGGCUGCCGUUGUGGCAAUACUACAACGACACCCGGCAAGUUGACUUGUUGUGGACAACGUUGUCCAUGUUACGUGGAUUCCAAAUCGUGUAUAGGCUGUAAAUGCCGUGGCUGCCGUAAUCCUCAUCGGGCCGAUGGAAUGAAGGUUCGACCUGUAAUACCAGAACUUGCGUGCUAUGAAAUUCAAAUGGCGGAUGAUAAUGGAAAUGUUAAUGAGUUGCCCAUAGCUACAACGUCCGGAAGAUUAGCACCCCAUAAUGGCGAUAGUAGUGGUGAUAUUUCAAUGCAAUCAGAAAGGCUCGACAUAAAACCAUCAGUGGUAGUCUCUGGCCCAUCAUCACUCGAAGGCACGACACAUUUGAUGCACAGGAGUUUGCAACAAACUCCUAGAAGUAGUCCUUUGUCUAAUAUGACCACAUCCACAGUCUCUGUAAGUAGAACACAAUCCUCCAUUGGGUCAUCAUCCUCUGCUGCCACAUCAACAGUAACAACGCCGGGAAACAUAGUUCAAUUGGAUCAAAUGCAAAGGGAAUCUCUAUUGAUACAAAAUGCUGAGGGUAAAUUCCAAGUGGUUAAUUUGUUUACAACUGGGACGGGACAGUCGAAUCAAGUCCCAGGACUACAAAGACUACAAACACUACCUCAAACUGUGGUUUCAGUUUCCGGCAGCAACAAUUUCAUAUUGCCCGCAACGAUAAGCACAACUGCUGCACAGACCAACACCAACAUUUUACAAUCUCAACAUCAACUAUUCCAUAGUCAACAACAACACCAACAGCAACAACAAGCGCAGCAUCAGCAGCAACAAAUUCAACAUAUACAUCAGCCAUUAUCAGCCCAGCGAAUUGCCAACACAACACUACCUUUGCAGUUUCAACAACAACUUAAGCAGAACAUUAUCACUGUCCAUGCCCACACAAUAGGAACAAAUGCCACUGCUAAUACCUCACCGGCCACAGCUUCGGUUUUGACUCCUUCCUCGUCUCCCGCCCCCACCACAGCCACGCUUACCUUAGCUCCUUUGGUAAUCAAUAAUACACAAAAUCAAACCUCAACCACAACUGAAAUGCUAGAGGACACCACAGACAUGGGUCAGCGCUAUACAAAUAUUAUUGUAUCCUCCUCCUCCUCGGCCACCAGUAUCAAUUCCGGAACAACCAACUCAACUGUAAGAGAUGUAGUUAGCUCUAUGCCAGUUGUUUCUUUAAGUUCUUCCAUCAAUUUAAAAGCAUUGGACAGUUCAAAUGUUUAGAUAUGUUUCGAUUCAGCCAUUUGAAUGGGCAACACAUAUCAAGUUCAAACACUUAUUUUGCUCAAACACAAAAUCAUAAGCCUAGAGGGGCAUUUGUAAGUUUUGGUGUACAUCAGGGUUCCUCGAUACAAUAU